AUGAAGAAUUCUAUGAUUUUACUCUGUACCAUAUGUUUAGUGCUUAUGUCAAUAUGUUAUGCAGAAGAAAUUAAUAAAGUAUUGUUACAAGACUGUUCUACGCAGAAUACGAAGAAUUGCGCAUUAAAAAAGGAAGAAAUGUCUGACUUUUCUGGUUUAAAACCAAGUGUACACAAAAACAGAGUUAAACGAUAUUUAAUAAGAGUUGGUAAAUGUUCUAUUGGAAAAAUAUUUUACAUCUACAGGUGUUGGUCUUGUGAUGAAUAUCGUGAACUGACUGGAAAGCCUUGUUAA